AACCACAUCUCGUCUCUACUCCACCAAAUCCAAGGACAUCAAUUUCGGAUUGUGAAGCGAGCAUGUCGAGGACGGGAGCUCUGCAUCUAGCUUCAGGCCUGGGAGGGAUGAUCGGCAAGGAGCAAGUCAAGUCGGCCGUGGAACAGUACGAGAAAUACCACGAUCUUCACGGAGGGGAAGCCAAAUCGAGGGCAUCCAAGUACGCUGACGUGGCCAACAAGUACUAUGACCUUGUCACCAGCUUCUACGAGUACGGAUGGGGCGAGUCGUUCCAUUUCGCAAACAGAUGGGAAGGAGAGACCUUGCGUGAGAGCAUCAAGCGGUACGAGCACUACAUUGCCCUGCAGCUUGGCCUCACUGAGGGGAUGGAGGUGUUGGACGUGGGAUGCGGCAUCGGAGGGCCGCUGAGAGAGAUCGCCAGAUUCAGCGCCGCUUCGGUGACGGGGUUGAAUAACAACGAGUACCAGAUCACACGGGGCCAGGAGCUCAUCAGUUCAGCUGGCCUGAGCAAACGAUGCAACUUUGUCAAGGGGGACUUCAUGGACAUGCCGUUCCCCGACGACUUCUUCGACGCGGCCUACGCCAUCGAGGCCACAUGCCACGCCCCUGACGCGGUUGGUUGCUACAAAGAGAUCAACCGUGUGCUGCGACCCGGGCAGCCGAUGGCGUUCUACGAGUGGUGCAUGACGGACAGGUUCGAUCCGGGCAACCCCCGGCACGCGGACGCCAAGGCUGAGAUCGAGCUCGGCAACGGCCUCACCGACAUCCGCACCACCGCGCAAUGCCUCCAGGCCGUCAAGGACGCCGGCUUCGAGGUGAUGUGCGCCAAGGACGUGGCGGAGGACUCAGCGGUGCCGUGGUACCAGCCGCUGGACCCGAACGCCGGCGCGUCGUGGACGAGCGCCAACGGGUUUCGGCUCAGCCGCGUCGGGCGCCUCGUCACCCGCGCCAUGGUGAAGGCCAUGGAGCGCCUCGGGGUCGCGCCGGAGGGGAGCGUCAGGGUCUCCGGCCUCAUGGAGACCGCCGGCGAGGGCCUCGUCAAGGGCGGCAGGGAAGGGAUCUUCACGCCCAUGUUCUUUGUGCUGGCUCGGAAAAAAUCCAACCUGUCGACUCAGGAUGUCUGAACAUGUGUGCUUAUUGCUUCGUUUGCUUGCCAUUUUCGGACACUAUCUAUCUACUCCAUCUGUUCAUUUAUAUAUACUAUAACUUGUAAAUUUUUUU